UUGACGGACAACAACAAGACGGGUCAGCUGAGUGCUAGCUGUGAAGUGGAUACCUGCCUCAACUUUGUUAAAUAUUGGCUAUACAUUCACUGUCAUUCGGACCCUUGUGGUUAAAGGGUCUCAGUAGACGGAUAAAUGUCUGAAGCAUCAGAACUUCCUAAAAGUAAAGAAGAGGAGGAGGUUACACCUGAACCAGAGGAACAAUCCGACGACAGCAGUGAGGACGAGGCAGCAGGAGACACAGACAUGGAUUUCCUGCGUAACCUCUUCUCCAGCAACCUGGGCCUCGGCUCAGCAGACAAAGUUCUGGAUGAGCUGACUCUCAACGGAGUGGCACAAUACAUGAAGAGCGGCAAAUGUAAAAACAUCAUCUGCAUGGUUGGAGCUGGAAUAUCCACAUCGGCUGGAAUCCCUGAUUUCCGUUCACCAGGAACGGGCCUGUAUGCAAACCUGCAGAAAUAUAACCUCCCUUACCCAGAGGCCAUCUUCCAGAUAGAUUACUUUAAGAAACAUCCAGAACCGUUCUUCGCCUUAGCCAAGGAGCUCUACCCCGGACAGUUCAAGCCGACAAUUUGUCACUACUUCAUGAAGAUGCUGAAGGACAAGGGACUCCUGAGGCGCUGCUACACACAGAAUAUUGACACCCUGGAACGAGUGGCCGGGCUCGAAGGAGAAGAUCUAAUCGAAGCUCAUGGAACGUUUUACACAUCCCACUGUGUCAGCUUCUGUUGCCGCAAGGAAUACAACCUGGACUGGAUGAAAGAAAAAAUCUUUUCUGAUGACAUUCCCAGGUGUGACAAGUGCAGUAGUUUGGUCAAGCCAGAUAUCGUAUUCUUUGGAGAGAAUCUGCCCGUCCGGUUCUUCACUUCAAUGAAGAUGGACUUUCCUCGCUGUGAUCUUCUCAUCAUCAUGGGGACGUCUCUGCAGGUCCAACCAUUUGCAAAUCUAGUCAGCAGGGUUUCGAAAAGUUGCCCCAGACUGCUCAUCAACAUGGAGAAGGCAGGGCAGGCUGAUCCUCUCUUCGGUUUGCUUGGUUUUGGAGGAGGCAUGGAUUUUGACUCAGACAAGGCGUACAGAGACGUAGCUCAGAUAAGUACGUGUGAUGAUGGCUGUUUGGCUUUAGCUGACCUGCUGGGGUGGAAGGCUGAGCUGGAGGAACUGGUGAAGCAGGAGCAUGCCAGGAUUGACAGUCAAGACAAAGAGGCGAAGGCCAGCGAAGCUACAGCCAAGGCGAGCUCUGCAUCGGUGGCACCAGAACCCAAAAAGAAAGAGUAAAGAAAA